CUUCCUAGAUUAAGGAGGAAAGACGUGACAUGAGUAGUCGCUGCAGCCGCUACGGCUUCUCUCUGCCUCGCUGGACGCUGAGCUCAGAGUUCAUUCGUUUGCUAUAGUUUGUUGGUCACUUCCCACAUAACAGCGUCCCAAGUGAGCCUGCUGGUAAUUGUACAAAUGCUUGGAUCCACCCUGCGUAUUUUUUUGUUUGUUUGUUUUUUUUCACUAAGUGCUUACAUUUUUCCAGAGUUUCCACGUCUUUAAGCAGCAGGUUACUUCAGCUUUCCCAAUCAUUAUCUCAGGAAUACUUGGCUAUUGUGUUCUAGUCGUUUUGUUUUUCCUGCGCAGAGGAUGUUGCUCUCUGUAUUUUUUCCUGUAGUUAGUAGUUAAGGUUUUAUUUGACGUUCAGCGUUGACACGGGAGCAGGAAACAAGUUUAGUUACAACUCUCUGGACAUAUUCUUUAUAUUUUUUUUAACUAAUUUUUGUUUUGCUUACUGAGGAGGAUUAGUAGGGUUGUUUUUGUAUCUGGAUGUGAGACUUUGAGCCAUGCUGCUGCUGCUGCUGCUGCCACUGCUCUGCUUGCUACCUUCAGUGAAACAACAGACUCCUCCUCCUGGUCGAUGUGAUAUCCUGCAGAGGUUGGAGGUACAAACAGACUGCACUUCCUGUGCUGCUGCCAUCACUGCGAGCUGCCCCCGCGGCUUCAGCAGCACUGGCACCACCCACUGCAGUUAUGUGGUGAACAUCGGCAGCAGGGAGCUGCAGCUGGAGGGAUGUCAGCACAUCUGUGUGAAGAACGUCAUGCAGCCAAAGUGCUGCCAACAGCACUGGGGACCGCUGUGUCUCUCCUGCCCCAGCUGGUCUGGGAAGACCUGCAACAAUAAUGGGGUCUGUCAGGAUGGAGACCUGGGCAACGGAACCUGCAUCUGUAAUGAUGGUUUCACUGGCUUUGCCUGUCAGGAGUGUAAGAAUCCAAAUGCUUAUGGAGAAAGGUGUGAUAAAGUGUGUGACUGUAAACAUGGAGUGUGUAAUAAAGGUCCUGAAGGUGAUGGAGAGUGUUUGUGUCAGCCACCAUACACUGGGAAGAACUGUGACCAAGAGAAUCGGAGGUGCAACAAUUGCAGCCCGUACUCGUACUGUAAAGGAGAGGGAGACGCCGCCGUAUGUGAAUGUUUGCCUGGAUACAGGAAGACGCCACAGAACAAAUGCGCAAGUGUUUGUUCACAGAGGGAUUGUGACGUUAAUGCCCAGUGCUCCUCUCGGGGGUUAAAGGUCAGCUGCGUAUGUAAACCUGGCUACCUGGGCGAUGGCAAGAUCUGUAUACCUCAGAACCCUUGCUUAGAUAACAACGGGGGCUGUCCCUUGAACUCCACAGUUUGUGUCUUCAAAGGAGCCAACAAGUCCAGCUGUGCAUGUAUGUCCGGCAUGUCGCCUAUAGGUGGCAGCCCUGAGUCUGGCUGUCAGCUCAUCUCCGCCUGCUCGGUGGGCACCUGUGACCCCACAGCUCGGUGUCAGACUGAACUGAAUGGCGAACCCAGAUGUGUGUGUGAAGUGGAUCAGAUCGGUGAUGGUCGGCGUUGUUAUGGUAACCUGAUGGAGCGCAUCAUGGAGCUGGACCGGAGCGGCAGCUGGAGAGGAAACUUUACUGGAGCCAUUUCCAUGUUCGAGGCAGGCUGUCCACGUCUGCUGAAUUAUAACGGACCCUUCACAGCUUUCAUCCCCCUGCUGAAAUCACCUCUGCCUGACUUAAAUCAGGAGACGAUAUGUAAAAACCAUCUGAUCCGGGGUCAGUACCUCUACAAGGAUCUGACUGGUCGAGACUUCAACCUGUACGGAGGAUCCAAGCUGAGGACCAAAGAAAACAAGAGGUUCAUCCUACUGGACAACCCCAGAAAACUGUACUCUGUCAUCCAGCAAGACCUGCCGGCAUCCAAUGGGAUCAUUCACAUCAUAGACCAACCCAUCACAACCACUGACUCCUCCCCUCGUGAUGAACAGUUUGCUGAUUUGACAGUUGGAGAGAUUCUGACUAAGGAUGACAAGUACAACCGCUUCCUUUCUUUGGUCGAUAACUGUGGGGCGCCGCCACCGCUGCGGGGGCCAGGACCCCUCACUGUGUUCGUCCCCACCAACCAGGCUGUGGACCGAUCCCGAGAUGGCAGCAUCCUGUACAUGCUGAAUGACGCCAAAUAUAAACUUCAGGAACUCCUCAGACACCACGUUUUCUCCCAGGCUGCGCUGACAGUUGAUGAUCUGAGCACACUCUCUCGGAUUCAGACGAUGGCAAAUCAGAUGGUCAAAAUCGCUGCAGCUGAGGACGGCGGGAUCGUAUUGGGUGAGAAGAGCAUCCGUUUGAUGAGCACCAACAUCGUGGCAUCCAAUGGAAUCAUACAUAUGAUUGAUGGGCUGCUGUACCCGCCCUCCAUCCUUCCCAUCCUGCCUCACCGCUGUGAUGUUGUUGACAGCAAGAUCACUGUGGGUCCCUGUGUUCACUGCAGUUACCUCUCUGCAACCCAGUGUCCAGAAGGCAGCACCGAGCUGGGUAGUCAUCUGAGUGACUGCGAGUACGUCACAUCUCCUCUCAAGCCAUCGCUCAGCAAAGGCUGCGCCAAAUACUGCAACACCACCAAACAGGUAGCAAAGUGUUGUAAAGGUUUCUAUGGUCUGGACUGUAAGCCCUGCAUCGGAGGAUUUCAGCAUCCAUGCUACGACAAAGGAACUUGCUCUGAUGGUAUCCAUGGUAAUGGCUCAUGUAGCUGUCAGGCGGGCUGGACGGGUAUUGCCUGCCACAUCUGCUCAGAUCCAAACAAACAUGGUGUGAACUGUGACGAAGAUUGCCGCUGUGUUCACGGAACGUGCGAUAACCGACCAGGCACCAGUGGUGUGUGUCGGAGAGGCUCUUGUUUGGAGGGAUUCUCUGGGGACCUGUGUGAUAAGACGGCCAUGCCGUGCAAUGCAGACGGACUGCUGCAGCAUUGUCACAUCCACGCUUACUGUAAUCAGACAGGACUGGCUAUUACGUGUGUAUGUAAGGAUGGAUAUGAGGGUGAUGGUCACUCCUGUACUGCCAUCAACCCCUGUCUGAAGAGUAACCGAGGAGACUGCGACACCAAUGCUGAGUGUGUGUAUGCGGGUCCGGGUAAUGCUUCAUGUGUGUGUGCUGAGGGCUGGACGGGUGAUGGCAGAGUGUGUGUGGAGAUCAACAACUGUCAGCUGGAGAGUCGAGGAGGCUGCAGCCCCAACGCGGACUGUAACCACAUCGGACCCGGACAGAGUGACUGUGUUUGUAAAACUGGAUAUAUGGGUAAUGGAAAGGUGUGUGACCUCAUCAACCCCUGCCUAAAAAAGAACGGAGGCUGCCAUGAGCUGGCAAAGUGUGAGAAGACAGAUGGUGGUCACACCUGCACCUGUCCUGACGGCUACGCUGGAGACGGAAACAUUUGCUACGGAUCAUUACUUGACGAGCUGGAGAUGAAUAUAAAGAUGUACAGUUUCUACCGGCUGACUCAGAGUUUCAGUCAUGCCUUUAAGGACCUGAAUGGGAACUUAACUGUGUUGGUGCCAACUAAAGACGCUCUCAGGAACAUGAGUACAGCUGACAACUUAUUCUGGAACAGCCGACACCACCUGCCUUACUUCCUGCGGGCCCACGUGUUGAAGGGGAUCUACUCUGUGGAAGAUCUGGGCAGCAUGGUGGGCAAAAGGCUGCCAACCCUAAACGUACCCACUCAGUGGGAGAUCAGCAACAGCAGUGGGGUCAUCCAAAUUGGAAAAGCAUCCAUCCUCACCCCCAACCUACCUGCGAUCAAUGGCUAUCUCCACAUCAUAGACAAGAUUCUGGCUCCGCCUCUCUCAGACCUCCCACCUGAGCCUCCCACACUUAUGGCUUUCCUAAACUCCUCCUCCAACUUCACGCUUUUCAGAGAGUAUGUGCUGAUGUACAACCUGUCUUCAAAUCUUACUGAGUCAUUUACACUUCUGCUGCCAACAAAUGAGGCUAUAAGGCAGCAUCUUAGCAGGACUAACACCUCCAUCCUGGACUCUGAUGUGUUCAAGUACCAUGUGAUUCUUAAUGAGCUGCUCUUCCCUGACCGCUUGCCUGAUGGCACACUGAAAAGCACUCUGCUUGGAAGUGAGUACCAGGUCCAGUUCCACUUGGACAAAAACAACCAGACAGUUGUGAAUGACAUUCCUCUUGACGGGAGCGUCACAGUGACCCAGAACGGAGUCAUCAUAACGCUCCCUCAGGUCCUUAAAGUCCGCCGCAACAGAUGCAGCAAAAUGACCUACCUGCAGGUCAACGGAAGAUGUACAGACUGUGAUGGACCACCCCGAUGCCUGUUCUAUCACAAACCAAUCAAAAAACAGUUUCCAGCCAACAUGCAACCCAACUGUAGGUACAGGAAGCGGGUCGGAUCCAGGAGGAAGUCUGUGCCGGGCUGUCUCAUCAAAUGUCUCCGGACCACUAUGGAUCACUCCUGUUGCCCCGGUUACUAUGGCCACGAGUGCUUCAAAUGCCCCGGAGAUGUCGGCAGCUGGUGCUCCAAUCACGGGGUGUGUCAUGAUGGUAACCAUGGUAAUGGCGAGUGCCAGUGCUAUGAGGGUUUCCAUGGAACUGCGUGUGAGGACUGUGAGCCGGGGAGAUACGGAGUUAACUGCUCCUCCAAGUGUAAUUGCGCCAAUGGGAAGUGUGAGGAUGGUCUGACAGGAAGUGGCAGGUGUGUGUGUUAUAAAGGCUGGAAAGGAGCCUCCUGCUCUCUAGAGAUCAAAGAUGACGCCUGUGGAGGUGUGUGUGACGAAAACGCCAACUGCAUAACAGGGCCAAAGGGAACAGCUGCCGUCUGCGUGUGCACGGCUGGAUAUGAAGGAAACGGAACCUACUGCAAAGAGCUGGAUUUGUGCAGCCAGUCUAACGGAGGAUGCUCAGAGUUCGCCGUUUGUACCAAAGUGGCAGCAGGAAUGAGGACCUGUACCUGUAAACAGGGGUACACUGGAGACGGGGUCGUCUGCCUUGAGAUUGACGGCUGUCUGGUCAACAAUGGAGGCUGCCACAAGAAUGCGGAGUGCAUCAGAGCAGGACCCAACAUUACCUCCUGCAACUGUAAGCUGGGCUUCCAAGGAACGGGGAGAUACUGUUUCCCUGUGAACCCCUGCAGAAAUAAUAACGGUGAAUGUAGCAGGAACGCUCGAUGUGAGUACUUGGGCAUGGGUCAGAGGAACUGCACCUGCAUCAGAGGCUAUAUAGGUGAUGGCAUCAAUUGCCGGGGAAGCACCAACUCUGAAGUGUCCAGUCAGAAAGAGAACGCCUUCUUUCGUCAAAUGAUGAUGAUGUCAGGCAUUUCAGGUCUUUAUGGUGAUGGACCAUACACUGUCUUUGUCCCGGUAGAGGAAAACAACAGCAUCUCCAUUGUUAAUGUUUGGAAGCAGAACGGUCGUAUUGAGGAUCUGGUUCGUUCCCACAUCGUUUCCUGUGAGAUUCUGACCUCGAAUGACCUCAAAACCACUGAGCGUGCUGUCUCAGUAUCAGGACACACAUUGCACUUCAGCCUGAAAGGGGAUUCGAUCUUCAUCAACAACAGGUCGAGGAUCGUGAAGAGCGAUUACAGCACAUUUAAUGGAAUCAUUCACCACAUCGACUUGAUGCUGACACCUUACACUCUGGAGGAGAAACCCCCGAUUAAUCCCAAAAUGAUGAACUUAACCACAGCAGCUUCAGUUUACGGCUACAGCGGCUUCUACCAACUCAUAAAGACUGCAGGCCUCCUCCCUACGCUCAAUAUGGCCGUCCACCACCCAUUCACCAUGUUUUGGCCCACAAACAAGGCCAUCGAGUCCUUGCCACUUGAAAGGCAGCUCUGGCUCAUCCACCCUUUACACCGGGACCAGCUGGCUGCCACCUUAAAGGCUCACAUCAUUCGCAACUCAAGGGUGACAAAUGUUGGACUGCCGACUAAAUUUUCAUCCUUCCGCACGAUGCAUGGAUCCACCAUCAAGUUCAGCUGUGACCGGAGCCUGGUGGGUGCAAUAGUAAUAAAUGAAAAUGAGGCCAGGAUAGUGGACCGCUACCUGAACUUCGAGAAUGGCUUGGCCUAUGGCAUCGACCAGCUGCUGGAGCCUGCUGGCCUCGGAGCAUUCUGUGACACCAUCGAGAACAGAACCACUUACGGGCGCUGUGGAAGCUGCAUCUUCCCCCCGUCCUGUCCCUUCAAACACUAUGACACGGGAAAGACAGAGCGCUGUUUGAACUUUCGCUCCAGGUAUCGCAGCUACUCAUACUUGUAUGAUGACCUGGAUCGUUUCAGCAGAUAUGGCUGUAGGAGAGUUUGUAGCUUUCCAGGCUGGGUACAGAAGUGCUGCAAAAACCACUUCGGGCGAGACUGUCAAGUUUGUUCAGGUGGUCUGGAGGCCCCUUGUGGCAAACAUGGCGACUGCAACGACGGUAUUCUCGGUACUGGAACAUGUAGAUGCCAUACCGGAUUCAGAGGGGAAUCUUGCGAAAUGUGUGCCGCUGGGUUCUAUGGCCCCAACUGCACAGCCUGUUCCUGCAGGAACCAGGGAAGGUGCAAUGAUGGCAUUGGAGGAUCUGGGCAGUGUAUCUGCAAGCCGGGCUGGGAGGGCGAUCGCUGCCAGAACAAAAUAGGCUCAAUCCCAGAGGAGUGCCGGCAGUGCCACGCUCAGGCUGACUGCCUGCUAGGUGUUGGUUGUCUGUGUAAACCAGGAUUCCAGGGGAAUGGCACCUUCUGCACUCCAGAGCCACCUCCAGACCUUUGCUCCGAGUACAACGGCGGCUGCCAUGUGAAUGCGGACUGCAACCAGACGGGACUCGUCGUCAACUGCACCUGCCGCAGUGGUUACCAGGGAGACGGCUACUCCUGCAGUCCCAUUAACAGAUGUACUGAAGAGCCAAAUGGUGGCUGCAGCGACUUUGCCUCCUGCAAGUUCACUGGUCCAAAUGAACGGGAGUGCGAGUGCUUGCCGGGGUAUAUAGGUAAUGGAGUCCGGUGUUUGGAGAAGUUGGUGCCCCCUGUUGACCGCUGCUUGGAAGACAACGGAGGCUGUGACCCUGUGGCGAUCUGCAAGGACCUGCAUUACCACGAAAACAGAGCCGGAGUCUUUCACCUGCGCUCUCCAAAGGGGAAGUACCAGAUGAACUUCAGUCAGGCCGACGCCGAGUGCAAGGCUGAGGGUGCCACGUUGGCUACCGUUAAACAGCUGGGAGACGCACAGCAGCUCGGGAUGCAUCUGUGUGUGGCUGGCUGGAUGGACGGGGGGAAGGUGGGAUACCCGACCCGCUACCCCUCGGUCGCGUGUGGAGACAACCACGUGGGUCUGGUUAUUUACAAAGAACCCAUGGACCAGAGCAGCAAGUAUGACGCCUACUGCUACAGGCUCAGAGAUGUCUCGUGUGCGUGCCCUGCUGAUUACGUUGGAAAUGGAGAUUUCUGUAACGGCGUCCUGGCCAGCGUCCUCGCAAAGUACAGCAACUUCUCCAUCUUUUACAAGAUGUUGUUGGAGUACAGCGGCUCGUCCUCGGAGGGCAGACAACUUGUCAAGUUUCUUUCUCACAGGGAGGCUGAAGUCACGCUGUUUGUCCCUCAUAACACCGGCUUUGCUCCAAAUCAGUCUUUGUCUGGAAGAGACCUGGAGUAUCACAUCUCAGCCAAUCACAGCAGACGGCCAUUUAUGGAGCUGAAGCAUCAGACGGUCAUCACAUCGAGGCUCGGGUUCAACCUCACUGUUACUCAAGGCAACAAUGAGAGCUCUAAACUAGUAAAUGAGCGGUUGCUGCUGGAGUGGGACAUUCCUGCUGUUAACGGGAUCAUCCACAUCAUCGAGGCCCCGCUGACAGCACCUCCCCCACCGAGCUACCAUGACACCUCUACAGGCCACGCCCACUCAAGCACAACAGUGCCGGCCAUCUUGGUGACGUUGAUGUUGGUGUGUGCACUGGCUGCACUCGGCUGCUAUGUAUUCAAACACAAGACUGAUGCCUUCCGCUUCCACUACUUCAGAAAUGAUGAUGAGGAUGGUGCAACAGGACGUAGGCCCAAACCCACACUGGUCUCCAUCCCCAACCCUCUCUACAUCAGCUCUAGAGCCUUAGCUGAGCCAUUUGAGGACACCAAUCAGGAGGUGGAGCCAGAAGAACCGCCAAAUAUUCUCGACCUGGGCCAUUAAAACCA